AUGCCCCGAGCCCGUAACAGAAGCACCACCACCAGGCACGUACACAGAUCCGCCGAACAGACAGAAUUUUUUCAGUCCGCCGAAUACGUCGCACCGGCCUUGCCGCCAGCCCCAACGCCCAUUGGGGCAGGCCGUCCCCCAUUCCCCUGGGCCGGCGACUGCCCCGCGACCGUCCGCCCCAUCAACUGGCUCCGCGCGAACGGAAUCACGCACGUCCACGGCGAGGUGCGCUGCGGCAGCUGCGGCGUCCAGAAGGUCGUCUCUUACGAACUAGAAUCGAAGGUCGGCGACACCAGGAAUUUCAUGUACAGUCUUCGGCACUACCUGGACGACCACGUGCAGCCGGUCUGGAGUAAGGCGAAGCUGCUGCCGUGCGAUUCGUGCGGGGGAUCGGGGUGCGUGGGGCCGGUGAUCCCCGCGCGGGACGAGGACAUCAACUGGCUGUUCAUGCUGCUCGGGCAGACGCUCGCCGCCCUCAGUCUGGCGCAGCUCAAGAACUUCUGCGGGAAGACACGCAUCCACCGCACCGGCACCAAGAGCCGGCUGCUCUUCAACGCCUAUGUGGAACUCUGCCGGCAGCUAAUCCCUGAUUGGAAGAUUAAUACCGAUCAAAAAAAAUGA